CGCCCGCUGGAGCGCGGAACGGAGCUCCGGACGUGGUCCCUUCCAGGAGAGGCCCGCGGCGAGGCCGGGACUCUGGGGUCUUAGCCGCUCGUGCCCGCAGCUGCCGUCGCCCAGGAGCCGCAGCUGUGCCCCGGAUCCCGGCGGCGGCCGGGGAAGGAGGAGGAGGAGCAGGAGCCGCAGCUGCACGGUGGCAGCUGGAGGAGGGGCGCACAGCUGUCCCGUGCGCCGGCGAGAGGGCCGAGCUCCCCGGGCAGAGCCGCGCGGGAUGACCCGCUGAGCGCGGCCAUGCAGGCUUGACCGGGCGCUGCGGCGCGCAGGGCACCGGCCGCGGGGCGCAGGCGGCAGCACUUUACCGCGGACUCUCCAGCGGGAGCGAGGCCGGCCACCAUGGAACCCGUGACCAAGUGGAGCCCCAAACAAGUGGUGGACUGGACCAGAGGGUUGGAUGACUGCCUGCAGCCGUACGUCCACAAGUUUGAGCGGGAGAAGAUCGAUGGGGAGCAGCUGCUGCGGAUUUCCCACCAGGACCUUGAAGAGCUGGGGGUCACGCGCAUCGGACACCAGGAGCUGGUGCUGGAGGCUGUGGACCUUCUCUGUGCACUGAAUUAUGGCCUUGAAACUGAUAAUAUGAAGAACCUGGUUUUGAAACUGCGAGCGUCGUGCCACAACUUACAGAACUACAUAAGUAGCCGGCGGAAAAGCUCCGUGUAUGAUGGGAACACAUCCCACAAGCCCCCCAACGAGUUCCUGACCUCGGUGGUGGAGCUCAUUGGGGCUGCGAAGGCCCUGCUGGCUUGGCUGGACCGGGCUCCGUUUACAGGCAUCACUGAUUUCUCAGUCACGAAGAACAAGAUCAUCCAGCUUUGCCUGGACCUGACCACCACAGUCCAGAAGGAUUGCCUUGUAGCUGAAAUGGAGGACAAAGUUUUAACUGUGGUCAAGGUUUUAAACGGCAUCUGUGACAAAACAAUCCGCUCCACGAGGGAUCCUGUUAUGAGCCAGUGUGCGUGCCUGGAGGAAGUUCACUUACCAAACAUUAAGCCUGGGGAAGGCCUGGGCAUGUACAUAAAGUCGACCUAUGAUGGGCUGCAUGUGAUUACUGGAACCACAGAAAAUUCUCCUGCAGACAGGUCUCAGAAGAUUCAUGCUGGUGACGAAGUCAUUCAAGUUAAUCGACAAACCGUGGUGGGUUGGCAACUGAAAAACCUGGUCAGGAAGCUGAGGGAGAAUCCCACUGGAGUCGUGUUACUGCUUAAGAAGCGGCCCUCCGGUUCUUUCAACUUCACGCCGGCUCCCCUGAAGAACCUGCGGUGGAAGCCGCCUCUCGUGCAGACCUCGCCUCCGCCCACGACAACCCAGUCCCCUGAGGGCACGAUGGACACCUCGCUGACCAAGGAGAAGCCCGCCAUCCUGGACCUGUACAUCCCCCCGCCGCCGGCCGUCCCCUACUCGCCCCGGGAGGAGAGCGGGAACUUUGUUUUCGGAGGAUUCAGUAAGUGUAAACAGCCGUUGCCUGCUCCCAAGGGUUCAGAGUCCCCAAAUUCCGUCUUGGACCAAGAGAGCCGAAGACGAAGAUUUACCAUUGCAGACUCUGAUCAGUUGCCUGGGUAUUCUGUGGAAACCAAUCUCCUGCCCACAAAAAUGAGAGAGAAAACACCAUCUUAUGGCAAGCCCCGGCCCUUGUCCAUGCCUGCAGAUGGGAACUGGAUGGGGAUCGUGGACCCUUUUGCCAGACCUCGAGGUCACGGGAGGAAAGGGGAAGAAGCUCUUUGCCGGUAUUUCAGUAACGAGCGGAUUCCUCCCAUCAUUGAAGAAAGCGCCUCUCCCUCCUACCGCUUCUCCAGGCCCGCCACGGAGCGGCAUCUGGUGCGGGGUGCAGACUACAUCCGCGGGAGCAGGUGCUACAUCAACUCGGAUCUCCACAGCAGCGCCACCAUCCCAUUCCAGGAGGAGGGGACCAAAAAGAAAUCCGGCAGCUCGGCAGCCAAGUCCUCCACGGAGCGGUCCGUGCUGGGCAGCUGGCUCACGCGCCUGAAACUGUUGACACACUGAGAGCACUUCGCACGCCUACCUGUCUCCCGCUACAAGUGCCUUCUUUGCUUGGGCCCUGCGGAUUUCAGCCACAGUAUUACAUCCUGACCUCACGCGAUUCCUUUCUUUCUUUCUGUUUGAAAGUUGGAGACUGCCCGUCUCAGAAUUUCGAAGUCAUUGGAUGGCAACGAAUCCAGAGGAUCUUUAAAGUGCUGGCUUGUGGAGGCAGAAGGAGGGAUGUGGGUGGGUAGGGUCUGCUUUUUUCUGUUUUGUGGUGGUUUUUUUUGCUUCCCUGGAGUCGGAACAUGGAGACACUCCAUAAAUGCGGGCAUCUUGGCCAGAAUUGUGAUGGCCAGUGUGAAACUAGGGGCCUCAUUCCUUGUUUUUUUU